GCUCCGGAGUCGAAGUUCCGGAAGGCUAGAGCAAGGUUUCUGUUAUGACGUCGCAUUGCUUUACCCACGUGUCUGGAGAAGAAAUCUAGCAUUUCUUUUUUUUCUCUGAACCCAAACCCACUGUGGAAUGAACGCGACUUGAAUCUUGGGACGUACAGCUGGCAGCCGUCUCUCCGGGCUAUACUCCUGUGCGUCACACACUGUUGUUUCCGCCGCAAUAAGUGUGAACUUUUGUAAACCGUUUGUGAUAAGACGGGGUGUGUGGUGUGUGUCACCAUUCGAUCGUUGUAGACAUCGCCUGCGGAAGAGCCAGCCAUGUCUGGGACAGCUCCCGGUGAGGAUAUGAGUUCUUCUGGUGACGGCCACGUGGUCACUUGUGAUGGUGAGGAUGGCGAGGAGAGUGAAACAAAGACGGCGAGACAGCGCGAAGGUGGUUGGGGUUGGAUAGUUUGCUUCGGUUCGUUUUGGAUUCACGGUGUCGUGUUUGGCCUUAUUAAUAGCUUCGGAGUCCUCUACGUGGAAAUGAUUCAUUUGGCUUAUGAUAAGAAGAACGCAGCGUCAUACACGUCACUGGUGGGAAGCAUUUGUGUAGGUGCAACGUUCUCGUUGUCCACUGUCUCCAGCCUGUUGACGGAUCGCUUCGGUGUCAGACCGACCGUGAUCGCCGGUGGCGUGCUGGCUACGACUGCUGUCUUUCUCAGCUCCUGGGUUCGUAGGUUGGAGGUUCUGUGGCUCACCUACGGUGUCCUGCUUGGCGUCGGGGCGGCUCUGGCAUACACGCCGUCUUUGGUGAUCCUAGGCCACUACUUCGAUCGGCGCGUGGGACUAGUCAAUGGAAUAGCAACAGCGGGAAGCUCUGUCUUUACUGUCCUUCUACCCAUCUUGCUUCGUUUUCUCUUGAGGACGAUACAACUGCAGCACACUCUACAGGUGGUUGCAGCCCUCAUGUCGACAGUUGCUCUAUGCGGUUUUACGUUCAAGUAUCCACCAGGAACAGCUGCAGCUCCGAAGAAUAACCCGAAGGAAAAGAACGCCUGCUGUGGCCUGUUGAACAAAACGAUCUGGAAGAACCGAAAGUACGUCAUCUGGGCCGCUGCGAUACCAUUCGGUCUCUUUGGCUAUUUUGUAUCUUAUGUCCAUAUUGUUAAGCACGCAAACGACAUUCUUCCGGAGGCAACCGGUGAGCAACUUGUGGUCUGCCUCGGCGUUACAUCAGGAAUCGGCAGGAUAGUUUUUGGAAAGCUUGCCGAUUUUCCUGCUGUCAAUCCCAUUGUCCUACAGCAGAUCUCCUUCGUCUGCAUCGGAACGCUGACAAUGUUCAUAGUGCUGGCGGACACUUUCGUGGGCCUAGUGUUUAUCUGUCUGCUAAUGGGCCUUUUUGACGGCUGCUUCAUCUCGCUGAUAGCACCCGUUGCCCGGGACCUGGUAGGUCAGGAGGGCUCUUCACAAGCCAUUGGGUUUCUCUUCGCGUUCUGCGCACUACCGCUGACUAUUGGACCUCCUGUGGCAGGUGUAUUGUACGAUAGAUUUGGCAACUACACGGCAGCGUUUCUGGCUGCUGGGAUACCGCCCAUUAUUGCUGCCGCCUUGAUGUGUUUCACAUACAAGUGUCAAAAAUCCACGAGAACACCAGAAAACCGUCGUGAAAUACCAUUAGGUACUCGCGUCGCCACUGAUGCAAGUGAUGUCCACUGAAAACAGAGGUGUUAACGCACGAAAAUGAAAAUUCCCCAAGUGGAGGCUGGUGGCAUGCUUGUCAGCGUCUUCAGCGGUAAACUAAAGCCCUGAAUGCUUCGUGCCUGUGAUAAGGACAACUACAGCAAGCCACAUGCGGACGAUAAUACCUGGUGGAAGGAACUUAAUCAGGAAAGGAAAUAAGUACCUCCUUGAGACGACCUCCAAGCUGGAAACACGGCAUGCGAGCAGAUCAGUUCCAGAAGUUUUGUUUGCAGCUGUAUCUGUGUCCUUAUUAAACCUGACCUGCUCUCAAUGUGGAGCGUUA